UCAUAGUUCACUGUACUUUCUCACGGCUAAUGCAUUUGUAAAUUAAAACAAUUAAUGUUUUGAACCUUUUUCGUUUUUAUUAUUCAAUUAUAAAUUUAGUGGUUUAAAGAUAUCAAAAUGAGUGCAAAAAAGGCCAAGGGACCCGUAAUCGAUUCGGGCAUAUGUCGUUGUUGCGGGUCCAUGAAGAAAUGUCGAGUUCUAAACGUUGAAUAUAAUAGUUUUGGGAAGAAUGAGGUGUAUUCUGAUAUGAUCAUGGAUUGCUUUGGCUUAUUGUUAUGUCAGUUAGAUAGUGUAGUGGCUGAUCGUCUUGUUUGUGCGGUUUGUGUACAUCGAAUAAGAGAUGCAUGUGAUUUCCGACAACAAAUAUUAAAAUGUGAAGAGGCAUUUUUACGGGCAAAGAUUUAUGAUGCUGAUGAUGCUGAACAACCGUUGGAACCACCAAAAUUGGAGGUCAAGACUGAACAUUUAGAAGAUGAUAGAUCUCCAUCACCAACAUUGGACAUUGAGGAUAUACCUCUCAGUGAUAUUAAAAAAGAAAUGAAUCCGUUAUCUGUAAAGCCGGAUAUGAAACAAGUGGUAAUAAAGGAUGUUAAAACACUAUCUGUGCCCAAGAAGCCAAAAAUAAUUAAGAAAAAAUGUCUCCCACAAUCUAAACUGCCCAUGUCGAUGUUACAACAGAAAAUCCGGGAACAAGAUCCAUCUUAUACGUCCAAAUCAAAUAUAUACACAAUAGUUGAGAAUUCCUUCGCUUGCCCCUUCAGAUGCCGACACAACAACUUGCUAUGUUACUAUUGUGCUGAGACAUUCACCGAUCCAGAAUUACUAAGAAAUCACACAAUGUCACACAAAACGAAGAACUUUUUCAUGGCAGAAAGGAACUCAACGCUCAAACUUGAUGUGACAAGAAUUGACUGUCGGCUGUGCCCAACCAGGAUAAACAGUUUGGAUGAAUUCAAACAGCAUAUAACAAGUGUACACUCCAAAAAGUAUUAUUUCAACGCUAAAGACAGCAUCCUUCCAUUCCGGUUGCUCAAAGAGGAUACAAAGUGUGCCAUAUGUGACCGAACAUUCCCAUACUUCCAUGCCCUAAAUAGGCACAUGAACGAACACUAUAAUAACUAUGUGUGUGAGUUGUGUGGGUUGGGGUUUGUGGACCGGGCCAGGUUUCUUGUGCAUCAACAGAGACAUGAGAAAGCAAGUGUGCCGUGUGAGAUUUGUGGUAAAGUGUUUAGAAUGGUGAGUUAUAAGGAGGUGCAUGUUGAUAGGGUUCAUAAUAAAAGGGGCAGAGUCUACUGCCCCAAGUGUGAUGUGACAUUUAUGAGUUAUCAGCAGAAGUUAAAACAUUUAGUGUUGGUGCAUGGUGAGGAACCGUUGUCGUUUCCAUGUAAUCUGUGUGAUAGAGUGUUUGAUACAAGACGGAUGUUCACAAUACACAAGCGAAAGGUGCAUUUGAAGGAUUUCCGAUAUGAAUGCCAAUGUUGCGGGCAGAAAUUCUUCACACGAUCAGCGCUCAACAAUCAUAUGCCGGUACACACCGGCGAAAGGAACUUUAAAUGCAAAUUUUGUGACAAGUCCUACCCUCGCUUGAAAACUUUGAAAGAUCACAUCCGAAUACAUACGAAUGACAGAAGAUAUAGAUGUCACAUAUGCGGACAAGCGUUUAUACAGAAUUGCAGCCUGAAGGGGCAUUUGAAAAGCCAACAUCCGGAGUAUUCAUAGUUUUAGGCUCAAAAGUCAGUUUCCGCACUCAUUAGGUCCGUGAUGAAGACCUGGCUAACAAAGCUCUUCCUUCCAGAAGUACAGAAGCCUCCUCCAGGUUUCAAGCGACAUCACAGUUCCGAGGAUUUUUGCAAUUUUUUUGUUUGUUUGGAAGCCAAGUAAAAGUUAAAAAAAAAUAUUAUUUUUUUUAUCAAUGAUUUUUUGAUAAUUGUGUGUAAAAGGCGAGGAAAACUUGUAUUAAGAAUGAUUUUUGUACGAAUUCUCUUAAAUCUAAUAUUAUAUUAUUUAUAAUUAAUUACUUCAAAACGUCCGUAUGAGUACGUAAAAAAAAAUUCUCCAUACAGUUCAGAACUGACAAUCAAAGAGUUUUAUUUAUUCAUUGCAUUGGUUAAGCAAUGUACUUAUAAACGUCAAUAAAGAAAUACAUAUUAAAUGCUAAAGGGAGCGUUCAAGUAUUUUGUUACUUUUUUACUGUUUGUUAAAACUCCAAAAAUUGCAUGCAUACUUAAAUCCAAAUCCUUCUAAUUGUGAUGGCUGAAGCAUUGUUAUUCAUUACAUAGUACCUACAUUGUUAUUACCUAUAUAAGUAUUGAUUUUUAUGUGAAAACGUCUAAUAAAUCGCGCGUGAAAAAGCAACUCAUUGUAGGCUUGCCUCUCUCUCUUGCAUCUGUCUCUCUCUUUCACUCGAUUGGCCCAUCCAAGGAUUCACUCCUUUGUAAAUACAAAAUAGUGAUAUUUCAAUAAAAAUGAUUUAAUUUUUUUCGUAAAGGUAUGUAAUCAUUUCAUCAAUGAUGAUGACGUCAAAUUAAACUAUAGUACGGACGCGGAGCACGAAGAAUUUCGUAGAAUGACCCGUCAUCUUAUGUCUUUGUCGCUCGCACAUAAACAUAUUGCCGUUGCGCUCACACAGAUGCAGUGACCGCCGUAUUCAGAGAUUGUAAACCUUUUAGUCAUAGCCAUAAAGACUUGUGGUGGUGCACAUGUACUUUGGUUUGUUUUGUUAUAAGUAGUAAUUCCGUAAAAAUUCGUUUUUGAGGUUAAGUUUGUUGUGAGUGGUGUUUGUGUAUUCUGUCGUUGAAUUUAUACUUCAAGAAGGAUUAAAUAGUAUCACUAUUGAAAAAUGGCAAAACUGCAAACCAAAGCCAACUGUAAGCCACGUCAUAAAGAAGAAUUAAAAUAUGGAGGACUGGAUUUGGAUAAUCAACGUAUCUGGCGAAACAUCUGAUAGUUCAUCAGAAACAGAUGACUCUGACUAAAAUUAAAUGUUUUUUUUGAGAGUAUUUCUGUUCUUUUUUACCAAAUCUUAGUCGCAAUCAUAACUUUUCCUUUUUAUAAAUCCAUCAAGCCGUUUAGUCUAAAUA